AUGCAGAAGCUCUUUCUGGACUCCCAGGAGUGUUGGCCAGCCGACUGGGGCCAUUACGGCCCCUUCUUCGUCCGGCUCGCGUGGCAUUGCUCGGGCACGUGGCGUAUCACCGAUGGGCGCGGUGGCUGCGCCGGUGGCCGGCAGCGCUUUGAGCCGGAGAGGUCCUGGGCCGACAAUACCAACCUGGACAAGGCGCGCGCCUUGCUGUGGCCCAUCAAGUCCAAGUUUGGGGCGGGGCUCAGUUGGGGUGACCUCUUCACCUUGGCCGGCACCGCCGCCAUCAAGAUGAUGGGCGGCCCCAUCACUGAGUACUGCGCGGGGCGCAUCGAUUCACCGGAUGGUACCGAGAGCUUGGAUUUGGGCCCCAGCGAGGAGCAGAGGAAGUAUGCACCCUGCGCCAUCAAUGGCACCUGCCAGCGACCAUUGGGCAGCACCACGGUCGGCCUGAUCUACUUGAACCCUGAAGGCGGCCAUCGGCACGCGUCGCGUCGUCAAGGGCGGCGGAGAGAGAGGUCGGUGCUGGACUUCCAUGGCAAAUGGCCCUGUCACCAAGCAGCCGGAGUCUUGGGCGAGCGGAGCAUGACCUCCCGACUUCUGCACCUGACGUUGUUGAGACUGACCAUGGGGACUGGAAUCCUUUCUCUCAACAGACACCUCAAUCUGGGCGGAGCCGCAUUUGAUGAACGGUCUCACACAGCAGCAACACCAGACUCAGAUGGACACUACGAUGUGGACCCCGACCCCGCCAAGAGCGCCAAAGACAUUCGCGACGCCUUUGGGCGCAUGGGAAUGAAUGACUCCCAAACUGUGGCACUCAUUGGUGGAGGCCACACCUUCGGCAAAAGCCACGGCGCCUGCCCCGAGGGCCCCGGGCCCGCACCCAAUCAGGAUGUGCACAAUCCUUGGCCUGGGAAGUGUGGUACUGGCAAGGGGUACCUGGGCAUCCGUUGGGGCAUGGAGGGCCCGUGGACCACGAAGCCAACUGAGUGGGACAAUGAGUUCUUUGUGGACCUCCUAAACCGCAGCUGGGAGUUGAUCAAAGGGCCAGGUGGACAUUGGCAGUGGCAGGUGAAGAAUGCCGUUGAGGCCGAGAAGAAGCUCAUGAGGCUCACCAGCGACAUGGCCUUGAUCCAUGAUGACAUCUACCAAGCUCUCGUGCAGGAAUUUGCACUGAACAUGCCGGCCUACGAACGCGCCUUCGAUGAGGCAUGGUUCAAGCUCACGACCAACGGCGGGCGUUGGUCGCAGGAGAAGAAAUGCAUCAAAGGCGAGGACUUCCCGGUGCCUCAGCGCUCCACGCCACGCAUGCGGUAUGAUGAUCCGAUCACAGUCUGA